GGGGCCAUAUUGGAAUGGGGCACAGAUGACAAUUUCAUUUAGCUAAAAGGUAAAUUUAUGUUGCUUUUUCAAGUUUUUUUUCAGCGUUUUCAGUCGGAAAGAAAAACUACACCACAACAUCAGACAGUCUGGGUCCCGCUUGAUAGCUUUUCGGGUGUUAAAGAGAUGAGCAGCAACAUAAAUAAGAGGGCACCAACAACAGCAACGCAAAGAUUAAAGCAGGACUAUCUGCGCAUAAAGAAAGACCCAGUCCAUACAUAAGUGGCAGAGCCUCAUCCCCUCAAAUAUAUGGAAUGGUAAAAAACAUUUCUUCUCAGAAGCUUUCAAUUCAGGCACUAUCUGGUCCGUGGACCUGAGAAAACUCCAUAUGAAGGGGGUUAUUAUCAUGGCAAGCUCAUAUUCCCCAGAGAAUUUCCUUUCAAACCGCCAAGUAUAUACAUGAUAACACCCAAUGGCAGAUUUAAAUGUAACACAAGAUUAUGCCUCUCCAUCACAGAUUUUCAUCCGGACACCUGGAACCCUGCAUGGUCAGUGUCCACCAUCCUGACAGGACUUUUGAGCUUCAUGGUUGAAAAAGGUCCCACCCUUGGUAGUAUUGAAACCUCAGAUUUUACUAAACGACAGCUUGCUUCCCAAAGUCUGGCCUUCAACAUUAAAGACAAAGUUUUCUGUGAGCUGUUUCCAGAUGUCGUUGACGAGAUCAAGCAGAAGCAACGACUACAGGAGGAGCUAAGUGCCCGGUCUCAAGCUCUGCCCCUUCCUGAUGUUGUGCCAGAUGGCGACACCCACCACAUCCAGAAUGGGCAUGCAGCCCUAAACGGGCACCUGCCCCCAGAAGCUGCCCCACCCCCUGACCUCCAGCAGGUCAACCGCAACCACGGACUCCUGGGAGGAGCACUGGCUAACUUGUUUGUCAUUGUUGGCUUUGCCGCGUUCGCAUACACGGUUAAAUACGUGCUGCGGAGCAUUGCACAGGAAUGAGAGAUGGCCCCAAACCCACCCUCCUCCCCUCCUAGAUAAAAAAGAGAAGUAAAAACUGGAGUGAAAAUAAACAGAGGCACAUAGGAAUGAACUGCUCUUAUGACCAAAAUAAGGAGGUAAUUUCUUAUUUUGCCCAAAUAAAAAAACAAACAAACAAAUGUGGCUUAUGGAAUGAGUAAGUAACUCGACAGAGAGCCAUGUCAUACCCUCGGGUCAGUCAUACAGUCGCUGUACGGGGGGUGGUCUCGCCAAGGCCAGUUCCCUAAGUGUUUAGAGGUAAAGAAAUUGUGUAUAAGAAUUCUGCCUAUACCCAGUCCACCAUUAUAAAAGGUUAUGUUUUUGUUUUAAAGAAGCAAGUAUGUGGCCAUGACUUGAAUCUCAACAGACAGUUGAACCAUAUUAAUUAAAUCAACUAUUUAAUUCUGCCUACUGUUUGUUGGCAAGAUUUCCAAAAGGUUUCACAGGGUGCACAGAAGGCACUCCUAAGAAUUUUUGUGUGGAGAAAAAAAAGGAAUUGCAGGGAUAUUAACUAAAAUUUUGCUCUUAAAUGCAUAAUGUAGUUGUGAUCUGAAGACCUGCAAUGUUUUAGCAUUUUCACAUUUUAAUAAGAGUGAGUAGAUUAUAACCAGGCUCUACAUUGCUUAAGGUUCUACAGCUGCAUCUCUUCCACCGUCAUAGCCAUUCACACAUUCUGCAGCUGAUCUGAUAUGGUAAAUCUCAUGCCCACUAUGGUGCUUCUCUUAAAUGUUACAUGAGGUUUUUUUUAAUUAUUCAAGUAGAUUUAAAACAUCACCAAACCGGCCUCCGAUUCCACCUAUAAAGGAAGACAAAAGUGGUUUCAAAAGCAAGUGUUCUACCAAAUCAUGUUACUGCUCAAAUGUGAUCCACAAAUGGUGAAUCAGGUUGUUGCCUAGUAUUCCAGUAGCCGAUAAAGAUUCCACUCUACCGUAGUUCAAAACGAAAUUCCGUUGAAUCCAAACUUCAUUGUGUAAUUCUUUAUAAUAGUAGCUGAGAUUUUUCAGGUGUCUUUCUAUCAGGCUUUUCCUGUAUAAACUCAUUCUAUAAGACCAAGACUAUGGUUUCUUAUAUGGUUCUUGUAUGUGUAAUUGUGGGAAAAUUCAAUUCAAUUUUGCAGCACAGAAUACUUAAGCAGACAGAGAACUCUUCUUGGCUUUUAAAGGGUUGUGACUUGUGCAAUAUUCAACACGUUUAAAUAAAUGGUUCAUUCUUUUCCUAGAUGUAACCUCUUGAUUAUUCGUGACAUUAUGGAAAUUUCUUAUUUCCUGUAGUAUCUUUUACCUGUAGUUUCCAUUUUGGCAGUGUGCUCUGCGUAGUGUAUGGAUAUGGACCUGAAAGCACUGAGCAGUGUUUCCCUGAACUACAAUGACAUUACAUUUAUCUUAAAUUCUAUAUCACAAAAGAGACACGCUACACUUUUGGCUUGAUAACUUGCCAAGAUCUGUCUAUGUACAAACUUGAGUCCAUCAUUCAUUGGCUGAUAUAUUAGUGUCAUACAUGUAUACAUGCAGACUCAAGCAAGGAGUUUGUAAUGGUGGUACAACUGUGUUCAGGUCAUUUGAGACUUUUUAUUGAUAAUAGCAUUGUGUUCAAGACCCAGUAGUUUUUUGCACCUCUAUGAACAUAAUUGAAUAAUAUGCCUCAUAAGGGAAUUAAGAGAAUUAAGAUAAUCAUGUGUUUACAUUUGGAAUAAAUUACAUUCUGAUAAUACCUUU